UAUUAAGUAGACUUGUUAGAGUGCAGAACUUUGUUAGAUUUUAUGCCGUUGUAAGUGCGAUGGGUGUAUUUUAUUGGUGGUAUAGGUUGCGUAAUUCUCGAUUCAGAGAUGUCCCUUUCGUUUCCCUAGGGUUAUUCAUAGGAUGGAACAGUGACUUUUUUUGCACUGUCAAUGGCCGAUCGAUGCUGCCAACAUUAAACCCGGGAGAUUUUCUUUUUUUUAUACCUUAUUCACUUUUAUCUUUCACGAAGUUAUUCAACAAAAGAGUAGUGAAUGAGGGCGACGUAGUUGUUCUUAAGAUAUCAGAUAAUCUUUCGGUCUGCAAGCGGGUCGUUCGCAUGACAGCAUUACCACAGGAAGCUUCGGACUGGAAUGCUCGGCACUUCAUCGAUACAGAAUCAUAUUUGGCUGAAGAGAGUAAUGUCAUAGUCUCACAAGAAAAAAGAGAAAUGGAUAACACUUUUAAGAAAACCUUGCGCUCUCAUAAAUGGGAUUCAUGUAUUGAUAGGGUUUCAAAUCCUUCUCAAUGGAUAUGGGUAGAGGGGGAUAAUAAGGAAACUAGCAUGGAUUCCCGCUCAUGCGGCUCCAUUCCGGUUGAGUGUCUUCGGGGACGUGUUAUUGGGGUCGUUUGGCCACAUUUUAGGCUUCUUUGACAUUUAAUUAAGGAGUUAAUAUUAUCACAAGAAGCCAUAAAUUAAAAAAAUUUUUUUUCUUCAAGCAUGAAU